CUAUACUGUAUUCAGUAAGCAGAAUUAAUAUCCUAAAGAUAUCGUACAUAACCCACUGACGUCACAGAGAUUUGGUGUUCCGCUCAGUGACUUGCUCCCCUGAUUGGCGGUGUGUGUGUGUGUGUGUGUGUGUGAGACUCGGGCUCAGACAGUCUUCACCUCAAGUAGUAGACGGUUUCUUGUGCGGGAACCCACCCACCACGACACAAAGCCCCUCAACUGAUCUUGCUAAGAAGCAUAUCAAUACAUACAUGUAUCAUUAUUUGUUCGUAUUUGACACACAACCACCAGUACAGUACUGUAUUCGUGUAUUCAAAAUAUUAUCCACCGUCAGCACUGCUAUCAACGGCUACCACGGGAUAUUAGUGACGAUAACCAUAUUCUCAAGAAUUUUCAUCACAUUGACCAGAUGAGAUGCAAAUUCUUCACUGCUGUUACAUCGCGACCAACGUUCCUACUACUGGCGAGCACUGCCCUCAUUACUCUAUACUGCCAAGCCUUUACCUCCACUAUAAUCCUACAAGGGACAGCAAUUUUAACCAAGCUCCCACACACUGUCAAGACCAACAGGGGACCACCAAAUGCUUCACAGUCAUACUCCACACAAGACCCAUUUAGGGACAUAAGUCAAGAUGUAGAGCAAAACUUCCAGACCCAAGGCAAAAAUAAGGAGAACAUUGUGGCUUCUGCAAAAACUAACUUCACAACACCCGCCGGCCGCUACAAAAUUGAACUAGAGGAUGAUGACGGUUCAGAUUAUCCUGUAACUAAGAGUGGGUUCACUCUGCAAUUAAUUAUGCAGGGUGUUCAACGCCUCCACCAAGUGGCAGUGGCUUAUGAAAAAAGCUUCAAACACGACCCUCCAGCAGUAACCUCAGACCCCACAAGCACGAUCACUAAUUAUGACACACAACAAAGGAUCUUACCCAUUCAGAAUUUCUUAAAGCCAAGUAUUUGUGAUAUAAAGAUACAUCUUGCCCCCUGUAACUGUACACGUCAUUUAACUUCCACUUUGACGUCCUGUCCAAGUCAAGAGCUUGAACAAAGUGAAAUCAUUGCAAAAAUAAAUGAUACCUUCGGUCUGUCAACAUGCAGUGACUGGGCAACAAUACGAGGCAAUAAUCAAUUUGUUAUCAGUUUCAGUCUAUUUGGUAAAUUCCCAAGUGCCUACUUCAAUGGAGCAGUUUCUCUUAUGCAAAGACUGAAGGAGGUGUAUCCUGACUGGUCAGUUCGAUUUUAUCAUGACCUUGACCUCUCUGACCCAGUCAAGAGAGACUGGAUGUGCUCCCUCGCCUGCAAAUACCAGCAGUUAGAUUUCUGUUCAUCUGAAAAUCUACCUGGAGGGCUAGGUAACAUACAACACACAACAGGAACAGUAUGGAGACUAGCUGUCAUGGGAGACCCGCUGGUACGGAGAUACAUCAUCCGUGACACCGACUCGCCUAUUCUGCAGCGCGAAGUUGAUGCUGUACACGAAUGGCUCAAUUCAGACAAGUGCUUUCACCUGAUGCGAGACAACCCGGCACACAGCGAGGCUAUCAUGGCAGGUGCCUGGGGGGGCUGUGACAAAUGGCACCCCGAAGCAAUGGCACGGCUGAGGGACCUCGUGUUUAGGUGGUCCAACAAUAAAUCCACAUCAUCGCAGGACCAAAGCAAUGUUGUGCUACUUCUGUGGCCAACCUUCAAGAAAAGUCACCUUGCCCAUGAUUCAUACUGGUGCAACACGUUCCCUGGCUCCCGCCCAUUCCCAACCAAGAGAGAGAACUUCACAUUUGUUGGCAUGAGGUCACUCAGGGAAUAUUACUCUGAGGACAGUAUCAAAGACCCUUGUCCUGUACAGUGCAGGCCAGCCAAGCACAAGGACUGGAUAUACUGCUAAUGAGAGUACAGUCGUGUAAGUGCCCAAAUACCAUAUAAAGUUAGAAGUAUACAGGUACUGUAGUACUGUAUAUAUCCACACAAAUAUAAAUGUAUGCAUGCAUAUACACACACACACACACACACACACACACACACACAAGACUGUAAACCGGGUAAUAUGAAUGUGUAAAAAUAAAAAAUACAAGAACAAACUUAUUAAUCUAAACUUAACACAUUUGAAUAAUUUUUUUCAAGACACAGGUACAUGUAUUAAUAGUUAAGAGAGCAAUUUUUUGAAGAAACUCACAACUGUCACACAUCAAUCUCUAUGUUUAGCCUGGAUCUCCCCAAGGUCUCCUGCUGGUCAAUUUAUCCUCUCAGGUCUAGAUAAACCCAAGUGGUUCAUGUUACAGAGCAUGCCUGACCAGAUUUCAUCCAUCAUGCCUUACUCCUAUGGCAGUUGGACACUGAUCUUACAACCAUCCAUCUUUCUCUCCAACAAAACCAUUGUCCUCCUCCGUGUUAAUCUUCAACUUUUGAGAGUGAUGGUUGUGGUGGGUGAUUGUAAGACGAAUCCCCACCAGCCAUGGAGAGUAAGGCAGUACAGAUAAAACUCCCAAUCAUACAAGUACAUUAACAAGGGCCACUCGGCAAAGGGUAUCAAGAUGGAAGAUUUAACAGUUAAAAGGAGUUUGAAUGUGGAGCAGCCCUAAAAUGGCCAGCCUUCCCUUACCACUAUGCAGAAGUAUGGUACAGGUAUAUAUAAAGUACUGUACCAGGCAGUUACAAAUAAACAAUAAAUUGAAUAAAAGGA